AUGUCGCUGGCGCAGGAGAAGAAGCGCAAGAUCGACUCGAUUUGGGAGGAGAUGAACGCGCCGUCGGAGCGCCCCGCGAAGGCUGCCAGGCCGGAAGCCCCCCGGCCGGAAUCAGCUGCGCCGCAGGCAGAGAACAGCAGGCCGCAGGAUGACGGUAAGGAGGUCAGGCGGGCGGCACCAAGGCGGCGCGCAUCAAGGUUCAGCAAGAUCGCUGAGAUGGUCGAGCAGCGGCGCGCCAAAAAGGAGAAUACGCUGGACAAGGCCAGGCGCGAAUGGUCGGGGUUCGUCGCAGAGCAGGGGAUCCGCGAGGACCUGGACCAGGCCAACAAGGACGGGUUUGUCGAGCGCCAGGAGUUCUUGAGCCGGGUCAAUGAGCGCACCUAUGAGCGCUCACGGCAAAAGUAAAACAACCGCCUAUCCCUUUUUCUCCAUACUGGUGGGAAGUUGACGGACCGUGCGUCUAUUUAUCCCCAAGGGGGUGUUUAUUACCGGUGGACGGAACCUACGGAAUGAAAGGCGAAUUGCGGCGAAAUCGCUAUAGUGGGCGCAGUUUUUUUUUUAAUCUGCUCUUCGUGCGCCCUGGGCAAUAAACUACAGUCGGUGUCAAA